ACCCGGCGCCGCCCCCGGUGCAGCGCCCAGGCCGAGGCCAUGGACGCGCUGGCCCGGCUGCUGCCCGCGCUCCUGCUGCUCUGCGCGCAGCUGCCGCUCGGCACCAGAGCAAUGAAUGAUAUUGGGGACUAUGUUGGUUCCAAUCUGGAGAUAUCCUGGCUCCCCAACCUGGAUGGCUUGAUAGAGGGCUAUGCUCGCAACUUCCGGCCUGGCAUUGGAGGGCCUCCUGUGAACGUGGCUCUCGCCAUCGAGGUGGCCAGCAUCGACCACAUCUCGGAGGUGAACAUGGAGUACACCAUGACCGUGUUCCUGCAUCAGAGCUGGCGGGACAGCAGGCUGGCCUACAACCACACCAACGAGACCCUGGGCCUGGACAGCCGCUUCGUGGACAAGCUGUGGCUCCCGGACACCUUCAUUGUGAAUGCCAAGUCGGCCUGGUUCCACGACGUGACUGUGGAGAACAAGCUUAUCCGGCUGCAGCCUGACGGGGUGAUCCUGUACAGCAUCCGAAUCACCUCCACGGUGGCCUGCGACAUGGAUCUGGCCAAGUACCCCAUGGACGAGCAGGAGUGCAUGCUGCAUCUGGAGAGCUAUGGCUACUCAUCCGAGGACAUCGUUUACUACUGGUCUGAGAACCAGGAGCAGAUCCACGGGCUGAACAAGCUGCAGCUGGCUCAGUUCACCAUCACCAGCUACCACUUUGCCACAGAGCUGAUGAACUUCAAAUCGGCUGGUCAGUUCCCGCGGCUCAGCCUGCACUUCCACCUCCGGAGGAAUCGGGGUGUCUACAUCAUCCAGUCCUACAUGCCCUCCGUCCUCUUAGUUGCCAUGUCCUGGGUCUCCUUCUGGAUCAGCCAGGCAGCGGUGCCUGCCAGGGUGUCUCUAGCAGGCAUUACCACGGUGCUGACCAUGACCACGCUGAUGGUGAGUGCCCGUUCCUCCCUCCCACGGGCCUCGGCCAUCAAGGCGCUGGACGUGUACUUCUGGAUCUGCUACGUCUUUGUGUUUGCUGCCUUGGUGGAGUACGCCUUUGCCCACUUCAAUGCUGACUACCGGAAGAAGCAAAAGGCCAAAGUCAAGGUCACAGAGCAGAGAACAGAGAUGGACGUGAAGAAUGCCAUCGUGCUCUUCUCCCUUUCGGCUGCCGGCGUCACCCAGGAGCUGGCAGUGUCCCGCCGGCGCUGCCGCACACCUGGGAACCUCAUGGGCUCCUACAGGUGUGUGGAGAUGGAGACGGGGGAGGCCAAGAAGCAGGGGGGGCGCCGCUCAGGGGGCCAGAGAGGCCUUCGUGGGCUUUUCAAGCCCAUCGAUGCAGACACCAUCGACAUCUACGCCCGCGCAGUGUUCCCUGCAGCCUUCGUGGCGGUCAACGUCGUCUACUGGGCAGCCUACGCCAUGUGAGGCGGCAGGCGGGCUUCCCCUGUCCUGGAGCCCGUGGCUACUGAGAGAAAGGCUCUCGGGCUGAUCCGCCCGUUCUGUCUGUUUCGAAGGGGGCAUAACAACAGGCCUCAAAAAACAAGGGAGGAAAGCCUUGGCCUCCCCGAGCACCCCAGGCUCUGUCCCCGCCGUCACCUGGAAGACUACCCGGGGGCUCUCCUGCAGACCCUCCCACCCCGCUCCUCCUUAGCGGCAGAGCCGGCCUGACCCAAGGCUGAGCCAGGCAGGCUCACGGCCCUUGGGAACCUAUGCAUUUGACUCAGAAAACAAUCCUGAUUCUAGGCACUUGCUCUGCGGGCUUGGGACCAGGUCAUGAGAGGAGACUGGCGGUGCUACUUUCUUAGUGAAAUGGUGGAGAAGGGCAUCCAUGGGCCUUGGUCCCAGCAUGAAAUAAAACAAAGCGUUUGACUGC